AUGCUAGAUUCUGAAGACCGGAUUCAACAACUAUAUUUAUCAUCAUUGCAUGCGCACAUAUGUCAAAGACCAAGAUCUCAAGAACUUGACGAUGAAUGGCAGUGCACAUCAUCCGUACCCUAUUGCAAAACAAUAACAGCGUUGUUAAAUCAUAUGACAUCAUGUCAAAGACGAAGAUCUGAAGAACUAGCCGAUGAAUGGCAAUGCACGUCAUCUGUACCCCAUUGCAAAACAAUGAAAGCGUUACUAAAUCAUAUGACAUCAUGCCAAAAGCUUCAGAACUGCAUGGUGCCACAUUGUAGCUCUUCGAGGGAACUAAUAAGCCAUUGGAACGAUUGUGCGAAAAACGAUUGUUCAAUUUGUUUACCAUUGAAAGAAGCGGAUGAACGCAGCACUAGUCCUUUUCAUUGGGAAUUUGCCCUACACCUUGCCGCUGCCAAUAACAACAUCGAAUGGGGCCAAUUAUUGCUGAUAAAAGGAAUGGAUGUUAACGCACGCAACGCGUGCAAUCAGACUCCUUUGUAUGUUGCUAUUAUGUGCGGAAACCUUGAAUUUGGACGAUUUUUAAUCGAAAACGGAGCGGAUGUUAAUGUUAACGACGAUGAUGGACGAAUAAAUGUAAAUUUAACAAUUUUACACUAUGUCGCUGUGAUUGGAAACAUUGAAUUGGGGCGACUAUUAUUAAAAAACGGUGUUGAUGUUAAUGCGAAGGAUAUCAAUAAAAGGACACCGUUACAUUUCACUAUUUUGGCAGGAAACAUAGAAUUUGGUCGGCUACUAGUCGAAAAUGGGGCCGAUGUUAACGCUAAAGACAAUGAUGGGAAAACCCCCUUAUAUUUUGCUAUAGUGUGGGAAAUGUUAGAACUUGGACGGCCCCUAAUUGAAAAUAAAGCAGAUAUCAAUGCUAAGACAAAAUGUGAACAAACACAUUUACAUUUGGCUGUAAAGUGUAAAUGCAUUGAGUUUGUCAUGUUCUUAAUUGAAAAUGGGGCUGAUGUUAAUGCUGAAACAAAUGAAAAUGCGACAAUUUUACACUAUGUCGCUGUGAAGGGAAACAUUGAAUUGGGGCGACUAUUAUUAAAAAACGGAGUUGAUGUUAAUGCGAAGGAUAUUAAUAAAACAACACUCUUACACGUAACUGCUAAGCUAGGACACAUAGAAUUGGGUCGGCUACUACUCGAAAAUGGAGCCGAUGCUAACGCUAAAAACAAUGAUGAGGAAACACCCUUAUAUUUUGCUAUAUUCUGGGGAAACUUAGAAUUUGGGCAGCUCCUAAUUGAAAAUAAAGCAGACGUUAAUGUUACGAUGAAAGAUAACCUAACAGCUUUACAUAUGGCGGUAACAUUUAAUCAUAUAGAAUUUAUCAUGCUCUUAAUUGAAAAUGGGGCCGAUGUUAAUGCUGGAACAAGUAGAAAUGAGACAGUUUUACACUAUGCCUCUAUGAAUGGAAACAUUGAAUUGGGUAGAUUAUUACUCGACAAUGGGGCCAAUGUUAACGCUAAAACCAAUUGUGAGGAAACACCCUUAUAUUUGGCUACCAUGAAAGAACACAUUGAAUUUGGACGGUUCCUAAUUGAAAAUGGUGCAGAUAUUAACGCGGGGGACAAAUGGAAAUAUACACCUUUACAUUGGGCUGCUAGUUAUAAGAACAGUGAAUUUGCUUGGUUGCUAAUUGAAAAUGGAGCUGAUAUUAAUGCUAAAGCUACGACAGGUGAGACAAUUUUACUUUCUGCAGCUAUAGGUGGAGACAUUGAAUUGGUUCGACUACUACUCGUAAAUGGAGUGGAUGUUACAGCUGAGCUCGCUUGGAAAGAAAUAUCCAACACACAGCGAUUUUGUGAAGAAAUACUUUCACAGUUUGCCUCUAGUACUGGAAACCUUGAAUUGUAUCGGCUACUUCUUGAAAUUGGAGCGGAUUUUAGAGUUAGUACCAUGUCACCCAUGUUUGUUGCCGAGGAGAAUAAUAACCUUGAAUUUAUUCGCUUGCUAAUCGAAUAUGGAGAUGAUGUUAACAUUAAGAACUAUAAUGGAGGCACUCUGUUACACUUUGCCGCUAUUAGAGAAAACAUUGAAUUGGGGCAACUUCUACUCGAAAAUGGGGCGAUUGUUGACGCUAGAGACAACGCUGAAAAAACGCCUUUACAUUAUAUUGUCUCUAACUUUUAUGAUGAUUGCACGGCUGAAUUUUUUUGCAUGUUGUUAUAUUACAACGCGUCUGUAAAUGAAGCUGAUAAUUUGGGAUAUGUGCCAUAUAUAAUUGCCUUAAAUUCCAAUAAUGUUAAAAUGGCGGCUAUGUUAUAUGAUUAUGUAGACGAAUUGGAUUAUGUUGUUGUACUUAAAACACUGAACGCAGCAAUGUGUUUAUUUACGUUUAACAAUUCUAUACCUGACGACUUUUUUGAAGACUUAAAUAAAGCAAACAUAGAUGACGCGACAGACGAACAAGUACUUAGAGAUAUUAACGGUAUUGGUUUUGCACCAAUAUACGCACGUUUUACUCGUUGCCAUAACAGUAUAAAAUGGGUUUGGUUGCUUUUAAGUAAAGGAUUUCCAGUGACAUUAUAUGACAUCGAAGUCUUUUACGAAACGAAAGGUUUUUGUGAAGAAAUUGAAGCAAUUUUAUCGUCGGAGGUGCCUAUCAGGUAUGAUAAUUAUUGUGGAUCUUUUAUAAAAAAGUUAAUCUAUAAUCGAAUCGACAAUUACGGUUAUUACUUUACGACAAAUAAUUACUUUGCAAAAAAGGGACAUGUUCCUAGCUUAAUACAAAUCGCGCGAGAUCGUUGUAGGAAAGAUAUUUUUAACGAACAUCAAACAGGUGCUAAUUUUAAAGCGUAUAAUGUUAUUAUGCGGAUGGAAAUUCCUAAAUUAAUCAAAGAUAUUCUAGUAUUAAAACAUCCAAUUUAUACAUUAAAUUGA